UGCCAUUUUUUAAAAUUCUGGCAUCACUAUUGACCCCAUAUUGCCACCCGGGCCGAGGGUCAAAUCUGGCAGCGCUGACAACUGAUUUGGAGAUAGUUCUGGAAUUUUUUAGUUUUUAAUUAAUAAUAAAAGCAAGUUAACUUAGAGAAGCAAUCAAAAAUGUCGGACUGGGAUCAGGCUCCACUUGUUCUGCGUAAAAAGGCGCCCAAAUCUUCCACGUUGAAGACAGAGUCGGCGGUAAACCAGGCCCGACGUCAAGGAGUCGCCGUGGACACCCAACAGAAAUAUGGUGCUGGCACCAACAAGCAGCAUGUGACCACCAAGAAUACUGCCAAGCUGGACCGCGAGACUGAGGAGCUACGCCACGACAAAAUUCCCUUGGAUGUGGGAAAGCUCAUCCAGCAGGGACGUCAAACAAAGGGUCUCAGCCAGAAGGACUUGGCCACAAAAAUCUGCGAGAAGCAGCAGGUGGUUACCGAUUAUGAAGCCGGACGCGGAAUUCCCAACAAUCUGAUUCUUGGAAAGAUGGAGCGCGUUCUGGGUAUUAAGCUACGAGGAAAGGAGCGCGGCCAACCAAUAGCGCCUCCCGGUAAGAAGUGAGAUGACGCUGCUGCGUCUGCCAGCAGCAGUGCUCCACUCAUGAACACCUCAGCCACAGUACGCAGCACCAGACAGCAGGGACACAAGGAACACCACCAACACCAAGAGUCUGGAGGCUGGAGCACCGUGAGCGGCAGACGCAAAUAAAGCAUUAUCGGGAGGCUGGCGAACCAAACUAAAUCGGAUCGACCUAACCCAAUGAAUGAACUGGCGACUGGAAACAGCAGCAACCACUGUCGUCACACAAACAAAACAAAAAAAAAAACAAAAAAAGGAAAGGAAAACAGAAAAGUAACCGAAGAUCCAAUCACCAUCAUGAGCGCCAAUUUCGUAAUUGUUUGUUCCAAGUCAAGAAGUCAGCGAAAAUUAAGGCGCCUGCCACUUGUCAAUCUAAAUAUAAAUAUUAAAUUAACCAUUGUAAUUACCCGUAAAUACACACAUAAACACACACAAAAAGAAAUGCACCAACAUGCCGCGGAUACAACAACGGACAGACUUAACUGAUAUUAAUGCGCUCAUAACUUGGAAGAAAAAAAAUUAGAUUCGUUCAUUUUUUGGCAUUUUAGUUUGUUUUAAAAAAUUAUGUUAUGAAAUUAAAAACAAAGACAUGAAUUGCAUGAAAA